CGCGAGGUCCCGCCCCUCGCAGGCCCCGCUCCCGGAGGGUAGCCCUGAGAGGUCUUCCCCGCUCGCGCGCGCGCGCGCUCGCGGCCUCCCUGCUCCAGGCCUCCCGGCUUUAGCUCUCCGGAUGGAGCCUUUCUUGGAACGGCUCUUCGCCUGGUUCCCACCUGCAGACUUCCGGCCGGCGGCCCCCUCCGCCGCCCCGCCCCACGAGGGCGGGAGAUGCUGGCCGCCACCAAUCAUGAGUGCGCAUGGUAGGAGAGGGUGGGGCCUGAGAGAUUCGAAAGGAGCCCCGCCCCCUCGGAGCUGAUUCCCGGGACUAGGUUGUGGAAGGAAAGCACCUUCCGCAGGAGCUCAAGUCUAAGCUGAUUCUUGCUUCUCUGGAACAUGGAAGGUUUAGAAGAAGAUGUAAAGUUUAUAGUGGAUGAGACCUUGGACUUUGGGGGGCUGUCACCAUCUGACAGUCGAGAGGAAGAAGAUAUAGCAGUGUUGGCGACUCCAGAGAAACCUGUCCGACGAGGCCUCUCUCAUCGAAGUGACCCGAAUGCUGUGGUCCCCGCCCCCCAGGGUCUGAGGCUCAGCUUAGGCCCCCUCAGCCCAGAGAAGCUGGAAGAAAUCCUCGAUGAGGCCAAUCGGUUAGCAGCUCAGCUGGAGCAGUGUGCCCUGCAGGAGCGAGAGAACACGGGCGAGGGCCCAGUGCCUCGAAGAGUGAAGCCCAGCCCUCGGCGGGAGACCUUUGUGCUCAAGGACAGUCCUGUCCGAGACCUGCUGCCCACGGUCAGCUCUCUGGCUCGGAGCACUCCCUCCCCCAGCAGCCUGACACCCCGCCUCCGCAGCAGUGACAGGAAGGGGUCAGUCAGGGCUCUUCGGACGACAUCUGGAAAGAGGCCCCCCAGCGUGAAGAGGGAGUCGCCCACUUGCAGUCUGUUCCCUGCAUCCAAAAGCCCAGCGUCUUCUCCUCUUGCCCGAUCAACUCCUCCAGUCCGGGGGAAAGCUGGGCCCAGUGGGAGAGCAGUAGCAAGUGAGAAGACCUUGGCAGCAAAGCCAUGGGGAGCCACGGCUAAACCUUCCAGUCGACUACCGGUUCCAUCGGCCAUUCCUCGGCCCGCCAGCAAGAUGCCGCUCACUGGCCGGACUGUACCAUCCAGCAAAGGUGCCCUUCCCCCAGACCCGCUGUCAGCUCGGAAAGGACUUCCAAGACCAGGUGCCACAGGGCACAAAGUUCCUGUUUCUCAGCGACCAAAUCCUCCCAUCACCAGUGUCGGCCGCAGCAAUCUGCAGCCCCCCAGGAAGGUGACAGCCCCAGGACCUACCAGGUAAAGAGAUCAGGACAGCAAGCAAGAAUUCAGUAGCAAACCACUACAGUCACUGCCUGGACUCCCCUCUGUGAGGCCUCCCAAGCCCUGUCUUUGGAGGCAGGCCUGACCCCAGCAGAUUGUGGCCCAGGGAGAGAAGGAAGAGCCUCUACCACCCACCGCUGGUACCGCAGGAGCGGAGGCUGUGAGAGAUGGGGUGGACAAGGCUUGAACUGAAGAGGAAUGAAACUCUCUUGAGUUGAAACAAGAUAGGAAAAGGAGGUUGCCUUAAACAGAAAAUGAGAAAUGCAGGAGGGUGCUUUGUCCUCCUCUACCCCAGCUCUCUGUCCAGCUCCUGAGAGUUUGAACUUCCUCCCGGGCUUUGGUUCCCUGGGCAUUUGCAUGUGAAUGGCCUUGGUAGCUAACCUCCCUGCUCUCUGAGGAGCCUGAAUCACCUCCUCUACUGGACUUGGGCCUGUUGGAAGGGACAGGCGGGCAUCUGGUCUCCAGAAUGUGUUUCCUGUGAAUUCUCUGACUCCUAAUAGGCCAGUUUAUGAUAAGCUUACUCCAUUGGUCUGCAUUUUUCUAAAAUAAAAUGAAUAUAUUUUUAUAUUCUCUGUAAAUGUGAAAGGAAAUCCUGCUCCAGUUGCGAACACAUUUCUAGUAAAUGCCUUUGUAAUUCCAAUGAGGGAGCCAGAAUGGGCUUCCCAAGAAGGGGUCUGAAUAGGCCCCAGGGCCUUGAAAUUCCAGCUAGACAGGCUAUGACUAGCCCCCUUGUUGGCAUUCAAGGGGAACAGGCUGCCUUUUUCCAGGCGUUUCCAGGAUUCAUAAUGUUAUUAGAAGAUCCAGCUCAGCUUAAGUAUAAUUUAAUUUACAGUGUAUGAGCCUAUCAAACCAGGGUCUUGGUAAAUUACUAUUUAUAUUCUAAACGUGGGUGUCCUUUCCUGGCAAGAGAAUGGAGCCUCCUAGGAAUUCAGCAUCUUGUCUGCUGUACUUACCGGAUGAAGGGGCCCUGGGGUGGGUACCCUGGUGUUCAGCUUUGCUGAUUCAGAAGAUGCCUGAACACCUGGUCAUUGUCGUGUUCUGCCUUGUAUCUUUAGGAUUGUGGGUGUUCUCCUCUCUCCUCUACUAGACUUGAGGGCUGGCACCAGGAUUUAUAAACCUCGGCAGUGGCUAGUGUUGUGAUGUGUACAUAGCCGAAAAUUUCAUUCAUUGAAAAAAAUAUUUGCAUGCAAGAUGGGAGUGUCUGUAAAAUUAAUGACAAAAGAUUCAUGUGACAUUUCACUGAGGGUCUCCCUUUUCUCACAGCCUUUGAUUCUUGCAACCCAGAACCAGCUCAAUUCCUUAGGACUUUGGAAAGGACCACCUAACCCCCUCGGAGGCCAGGCUGUGACUUAAGGAGGCCAGCAAGCUGCUGGGCCAAGGGAGUGAGUUCCAGCUGGUGCCCCCCCCACCACCACAUGGGCCCCCUGCUGCGGCACUGCAAUGCCUCUCCCCUGUUCCCAGGCGGGGGGGGGGGGGGCUCCCCUGCUUUCUUCUUUUUAUGGCUGAUCUUAAGGUUCAUUUAACACAUUCACCUACCUCACUGUAACAGCUGCCUAGACAUUCACCUUUCCCUGAGCCUCUUUCUUGCAGCAACUCCUGCAGCCUCUGGGAUUGCAAGCGUUAAGUUAGGGGAGGGGGUGUGGAGACAGACACUGAGUUUUUGCCUCUGGCAGAGGCCAGGAAACCUCAGGUGUGGAUCCCAGCUGCGUCCUGUGCUGGUGCAAGCAGGGCCUGUUGGUGACAGCCUGCUCUGACAGAAGCAAAGCCCAGGCACACGCUUAGGUGUGGCCAGCAGAUGGCACAUUUGCGUGGCCUGGGUGUGGGGCAGGCCCCUGGGUCCUCAGACGCAAAACAAGCGGUGGACCUGUGCGCUGUUGCCACCUGGUGGCCGAGGAGCUAAAGGCCUGUUCCUUUCCCCCUCUCCCUGGAGGUCAGUCUGGAGUUCUGUUAACUGCCCCUCCAAUCCCACUGCAAAUCCGCUUCAGCCACGUUCUAGAGGCAGUGCCAGCUGGGGAGGAGGCCUGCCUGGCGCAUCUGCCCAUCUUAUUCACUACUUGCCUCCUCCUUUCCCUCUGGUCUGGCUUUCGGUGCUUUCUCUUUAUGCAUUCCGCCCCAACCCCCGCCCCGUAGCACCACGGAGGUUUAUUGGUCUCCUGCUAUGCCCUGUGAACUCUUCGAAGCACUUACAUGUGGUAACUCACUUCAUUCUCAUAAAAGCACAAUUAGGCGGAUGCCGUUAUCAUCCUCAUUUUGUAGGCAGAGAAACUAAGGCUCAGGGAGAUUUGAGUCACUCAGUCUGGUCCCUGGGUUUGUGUUCUUAACAACUGCCUCUAUUGCCCCCAUGUGAACUCCAUCUAGUUUGUUAUACAGACCUUUGAAAAACACAAAACUUGGGAAUAGGAGUAAUGUGGCCAAACACAGAGCUGGCCAGGGGCAUGAGUGGUGGCUUCAUUUCUGAUGGGGAAAAACACAAGAGGAGUCACGUGGGGAGGCAGCUAGUCCCUGAGCACCUUUCACUUCCACCAGCCUCUCAACUCAGCCCUCCCUGCUUCCUGAAUUCUGCUUCCAGGACAGGAUGCAGCCCCAAGGGGCUGGGCUGGAAUCCUGCCCACUCUGCGCAGCCUCUCCAGCCACACAAGUCUCUCCUGUCCUGGUGAAAAGGACACUUUCCUGCCAUCGGCCACAUCUUCCUUGGAAAUGCCAGGACACGGGCCAUUCAGGGAAUACUGUUGGGGUGUCGGUAGAGGGGCUGAGCUCAUCAGCCACUUGGUAUCCAAGUCCCCUGACUUGACCCUUCCAGGGCCCUACCUGCUCUUGUCGUCCAGACACCAGGCCUCCGCCUCUGAAAAGAUAGGGCCCCACACAGAAGCACACGGUGACAGGGCUCAGCCCGCACAGAACUAGUUUAUUCACUAGUAUGGGAAAAUGAGAAAACAAAACACAAAACUCUAUGUAUUUACAGUAACAAUCAAACUGUACAAUCAGAUGGUUAGCAUCAAGUUAGCAUCCAGCAUCUUUGUAUUUUUUUUAAGUCAAGUCAUCAGUAGUAAAAACCAGUUACAUUUUUAAUCCUUUGCAGGAAUUGCUGGGGGGAGAGGCCAGGCGAAGGAUCCAUGGCAGAAAAGCCAGAGGCCAGCCUUACAAAUGAGACACGGGAACGUUUUUUCUGCUUGUAACCUCUUUUUCUAGCCACCUGCUCCAGAGGAAAGUCAGUGACAAGUCUGGUAUCCAUGCUUAGCUUAAAUGGUGACUCAAUGAAUAGCGGUUGGCGAAAACGGG